UGGAAUAUGGAUUCUCCCUAAUGAGAACAGAUUUAAAACCACAUAAACCAACCCAAAUCCACAAUUGUAUAUACUGGCAAUCUGGAUAAGGCUCAUAUAUCCAAGACCAGACGAAAAGGCAAAGAGAAAAACACAGUGAUCUCAAUGGAGUCAUCCAACACUCCGAUGUUAACGCUAGCCACCCAAAUAUGCAACCAGAUAAGCUCCGUCUUCGCCAAACCCACCUCAACCCCACCAGCGCUAGACAUCAUGGUCGAAGAAAUUGCCGCCGCGUCUCACCGGAAAGGUAAAGUCUUCGUCUACGGCGUUGGCCGCGAGGGCCUAAUGCUAAAAGCCUUUUGCAUGAGACUAUUCCAUCUGGGCCUCUCUGCUCACUGCGUCUUCGACAUGACAACGCCACCAAUCUCCCCCACCGACCUCCUCAUCGCCUCCGCUGGCCCUGGUGGGUUCUCCACCGUCGAGGCCAUAUGUGGGGUGGCGCGAUCCGAAGGUGCUCGUGUGCUGUUGUUGACGGCUCAGCCGGAGACUGGAUCGGCGGUGAAGUAUGCGAGUGUGGUGGGUUGUAUUCAGGCGCAGACUAUGGCGAAUGAUGGUGGUGAUGGGAUGGGAAUGGGAGGAUCUAGGCCGUUGCUUCCGAUGGGGAGUGUAUAUGAAGGUGCCAUGUUUGUAUUGUUUGAGAUGGUGGUGUACAAACUGGCUGAGGUUUUGGGUCAAAGCCCUGAAGCCGUCCGAGCUCGCCAUACCAACCUUGAAUGAAAUUGGCGCGGGAGAGAGAAAUAGUGUUAAAGGCCAUAAGUAACCAUCUGUUACUCCGAAUGAACUCGAACCGUAUCGCAAUUCCUGGAGCCAACACGAAGUGGGGAAGAGGUGUUUGUAAAAAGUUCUCAAUCAAGAAAAUAAGAAGAGUAUAAUUUCGGUGGUGGCUGUCUACGCUCUUUUUCUAGUUAGCAAUGUGAUUUUUGUUGAAAACCUAUAUAUAUAUAUAUAUAUAAUUUUAGCUUAAUUGUUAUAUAUAUUUUUGUUAUUGUAAACUGAUGGUGUAUUCUGCUCUAUUGAGUAAAGGUAAAUGGAUCGGAGAUCUAUUGAUGGAGAUUACCGAGUAUUCAGUCAGAGCUUUUUGGCUCUUGGC